CCUCCUCCCAUUUUCGUCGACCCAAUCGAAGCCGCUCCCAUAAAUUACCUAUAAAUAGAUCGACCGAUGAACGUCGAGUUCUUGUCCGGAUCCUCCGGAUCUUUCUCUUGCGGCGCCGCCUCCCAGCUCCCCUUCGACGCCAACGACACCGGCGGCGCCACGGCCCUCCUCGACGCGCUCCCCGAGGCCGCGUCGGCCGUCGUAGAGGCGGAGUCGGGGCGGCACCGCCCGCCCUCCGCCGGCGGGUACCGGGGGGUGCGGCGGCGGCCGUGGGGGAAGUUCGCGGCCGAGAUCCGGGACUCGUCGCGGAACGGCGCGCGGGUGUGGCUGGGAACGUUCGACACCGCGGAGGCGGCCGCGAUGGCCUACGACCAGGCGGCGCUGUCGAUGCGGGGGCGGCUGGCGGUGCUCAACUUCCCCAUGGAGCGGGUGCAGGAGUCGCUCAGGCAGCUGGACUGCUGGCGCAGGAGCGCCGCCGCAUCCGUCGACGAUGGCUCCUUCGUGAUGGCCCUGAAGAAGAAGCACCUAAUCAGGCGGCGGAGGCCGUCGCCGGCGAUCCGGAAGAGCAAGGCGUCGACCGCCCAGCGCGCCAUCCAGCACGUGCUGGAGCUCGAGGAUCUCGGAGCCGAUUACUUGGAAGAGCUACUUAGGGUUUCGGAGCUCCCAAACCUUCUUAGUAACUAAUAAAAAUCUUCUUUCUUCUUUCUUUUUCAUUUAGUUGGAAAUAUCAUUAACAGAGAAGUUAAUUUUUUCUUCUCUGGACACAAAAAGGCAUCGAUCGAUCUAACUAUAUGAUGUGGGGUCUGAAAACGAUAUAUUUUGCAUUAUUUUAA